AUGGGUUUGGACACGAACUUAAUAAAUCAACUCAGAUUUGAGCCGUUGAGUGAUGAGCAGAUAAAUGCCAUCUUGAUCAAUGAGUUUGGUCCAUUUUUGACCAGUACUGGCUAUCCACACCUUGAUGCACAAGCUAAGACGGUAAUUAUUUAUUGACUUUUUUAUAUUGUUUCUUUAGAUUGGUCAGAGGUCGAGGAAUAAUAAUGAUACUAUACAAAAAUUGAAAUUCCCCUUAUUACCUAAAAUAAAAUAAUGUUUUAGGCAUAUUCCGACUUCGCAACGGAUAGAUUCCGCCGUGCAAAUCAAGAACUCAAAUUGACCAUUCUUAGAUCGUUUCGAGUGCUUUUGAGGGAACUUGAUAAUAUAUCAAAUUUGGUCACAACGACAGUCCCGUAUUUUAUAAUCCAGGCGUCUGGUCUGAAUGAAGAAGGAAAAGUUGUCGAUGACUUCGAAGGUACGUACUUUCCUAUUGUUUUUCUAUCCUUAGACUACUUUUAAAGAUUCAAUUAAACCUUGUUUACGUAAUGUUUGAUGGAGAAAAGCAAUAUAACACUCCAGAUUUUUAAUUAAACGUGCGUUGAAGACAAAUAAUCCCGGUUAAAAGUAUAAUUAAAAUUUAGACGUCACGAACUUGAUGGUUAGGGAUAUUUUUAGAAAAAAACAACACUCACUAAAUUUUUAAGUGUUGGUAUAAUAGUAUUAAAAAUUGAUUUUAUACAUUAAUUACUAGUAAAUUUUGGGUAGUAGUAGUGUAAAAUAGUAAGAGUAGUAAUUUUAAAGUGAUUAUUAGAGGCAUUUACUAAAAGUUAUACUUUGCAGUUGUAAUGGAGGGAUGUAGAUGCCUCGUAAAUGGUCUAAAACAAUCAGAAGAUAUCCGGAGAGUGUUCAUAUCUGAUGAUUGUCUCUUUGUCAGUCACUUGGCGGAACGAAUAAUCACAACGUCAUUACAAAUAUUCAAUCCGAAAGUGGAACAGCCAAUCUUUGUUAAUCACAAUCUCCAGAAAAUCAUCGAAUUGCUCUAUUUGGACUUACGAAUUGCGUUUGCAAUUACAGCAUUGUGUCAGGAAGCGAGGGUAAGAUUUAAUUGGUAGCUGGUGGUGUUUUAUUCAGCAACUAAUUGUGAAUCCAUACUUUAUUUUAGAGCCGGAUCACCCAACAAAUCAAUUUCUUUAUUGGUGUGAUCCACAAAUUCGCAGCCCAAGUCUCCAUUCCGAAUUCUGACAAUCCAAUGAAGUUGGAAUGCAUCAACGAGACCCUCAAGAUCCUCUUCAACGCCUUCUACAGCCAAACUCCGGUCGAAUCUUCGACGGCCCGCCUUUGUGCCCAGGAAUGCGCCCAACUUGUCAAAUCCCCGUUUAUUCCGGAUAAUGUGAAACAUGACGCUGUAAACGUACUUUCCCACAUUAUUUCGCAGAUCCAUGUCCUCUGUCCUCCAGUCGAUGAAGAUCAAGUGACCAAUGAUAUGGUUGUUUACGAAGGAUAUGAUGUCACCUUCGUCAAAUGCCUACUCGAUUUAUUGGAAAAAAAAUUGGAUGAGGUAGGAAAAAUAAUUCAGUUUUUAGUUUUAUUGUUUUUAGUUGUCACAAGCUGACCUUGAACUGUUGAUCAUCUACUUUGGGAUCUUGACUUUGCUCAGUAAGGAUAACAAGGCGGUCCGAAGAUAUUGCCGACAAAGAAUCCUCCCUCCUCUUCGCGCCAAUGAUGUUGAGAGACCACCAGAAGAAGGGAACGCGUUCAGGAAUAAGAUGAUCAGAGUUAUGACAAAGAGUGUGGGCAAUGUCAAGAGAUUGGUUGCAGACUUCUUGUUCAUAUUAUGCAAGAGAUCUGUGAAUCGGAUGAUAAAAUAUUGUGGAUUCGGUCAUUCGGCAGGCCUUUUGGCUGAUUACGGGUUCUUGGGAAGAGUCAGUGAAGGACGGAGGGCUUCCGAUUCAGAAGAUUCGGAGACUGAAGAUUAUAAACAAGUGGAAGGAAGGUAGGGAAUUAAUUUUUGACCUGCGAUUUCAUAGCAAUUUUUUGAAGUAUGGUUAUUUUUGGCAUAAUUAGCACUCUCUAUCUAAAUCAAUAUAAUUUUCAGCGUCAACCCGGUGACCGGAUAUGUUCAACAGGAACGCCGCAAUCCCUUCGACUAUAUGACGGAAGAGCAGAAAGAAUAUGAAGCCAUGAAACUGGCCAAUACCAUGGAUAAGCUCCUCGAUUCUGGGGUUUUCCUUCCCGGAAGAAUCGGCCCCGAUGGAAAGCCUCAGGCUGUGUCGCAUGUCAACGAACUCGUCAAGGAUGUUCACAUUGAAUCAGAUCAUUCGGACACUGACUAA